AUGUGUCAGAUUCGAGUGGCGUUAUUCACGACGAUGUUGCUGGCAAUAGUCGAGAUCUCGAUAGCCAACACGAUAAGCCGACAGUCCUUACAGUGUAAAAACGUCGCCAGGGAUGCGAUUAUGAAUAGCUGCAAGGGAGAAAGGAUAAAACGAUCCAUGGGGAAUUUGAAAAUUAUUUCUUUUCUCAUGCAACAAUGUAUAGUGUAUAUAUAUUUUCUUCGUAAUACUUCACCAGAUCAGGAAUGUAAAAGAUUAAUGAAGCGAAAAUCGAUUUCCUUUACAGAGAAUGUCGAAGUUUCACGGCGUCCAGAAGAUCUGCUCGGCUUCAGCUUAAGCUCCGACGAAUUGGAAGAACUUCUGGACGAGGUCGGCUACAGAAUGCCCAGAAGUUCGAAGGAUCGGAGCAGGCAGAUCUUCCAAAGCGUUGCCAUGAAAUGCUGCCCGAAUCCGAAAUUAUGCUACGAUAAUCCAGGAAUAAUUCCUUGCAUGGGAUAUUAACGACAACCUUGCAGUUCAUUAUUGAACUUUUUUAGAGUUUAGUAAUGAAUCGCGAGAUUAUCAUUGAUAUGCCAUGCGAGAAACUUUAGUAAUUUUAAUAAUUUUAGUACGAAAGAAAGUUUAGUCAUUUUUGAACAGAAAAUCUGAAUGACGACUGUUAUACGAUCGAUCGUACUUAAAUUUUCAGCUGUGCGUUGAGAAUCUUUGAGAAAAUAAAGUACUUGUUCGCUAAGAUGUUGUGCUUUGUCUAAAGAUUUUGCUCACUUUGUUCGAGUCAAUAUAAAUUGUAUUUAAUUGGAAUUUUAUAUUCGCAUAACAGAGGAAGGUAGAAUUUUGAAGAACGAAUGGUUAACCGAGAUAAUUGCCGGCUUAAUACAGUUUCUUAUCAUUACGUCAUUAAAAAACGUAAGAAAUUCAAACAUAUAUGUAUAUAAGUAAUCGUACACUUCUUGAUCACGUAUUACAGUGUUUAACUCUGUAGGAAUUUGGACAAAUUGAUCGACCUUUAUCGUCGAUUUAUCUUUUCACAAAUUUCUCAAUCUCGCUGUCAGCGUCGAACUUCUUAAAAGGUAAACCAAUUUAUUUCCACAAGUUUAUUCAUUGUGAGAAAAUGGUGUAAAUACGGCGAAACUGCAUCUAUCUGAAGGUAAACCGUAAAAUCGUAGCCAAU